AUUGGCCCUGUGAUACGUAUUUACCUGACUGGCUCUAAAGACGGUUUAUACAGCCCUCAGUGAAUUCCUCUGACUGCAGAGGAUGGAUGCUUGCUCCCAGGAGGCUGGUCCAGCCCCAGAGAGUGCCUUGGAGGAGGCUGGAAUGACUGAGAUGGCAGCAAUGAGGAAGCAGCUGACAAGGAUCUCAAGCCGGCUGCGGGUGCUGGAGGAGCAGUGCAACGCCUGGCGGCAGAAGGAGACCCUGGUCUACUCCGUGCUGGUCUCUGCCUGCCUCAUCAACACGUGGCUCUGGCUGAGGAGAUGAUGCCCUGUGCCCCGACCUCUCCUGCCCAGCACUGGCAGGGUGGCUGAGGGCAGAGCAAGGGUCCCUGCUCGCGUGCUUGCAAACAGUAAACCCAUGAACCCAUGUGUUUCUUCUGACCUUGACCUGCUUUUUUCGCUGUAGGCCCUUGAGGAUCUGUGUCCUUUAGGCCCUGAUGACAAUGAAGGUGGCAUCCCUCUCCCAUGCUCUAGCAUCAGAGGUCUCUGGGCAGGUUUUGUGCCUGUGGUCUCUUCACAUGGAGGAUGAUGGCCAAGAAUAAUGGUCUGCAGAGCUCACGGGCCAACCACCACCCCUGCCCACCUGGCCAAGCCCAAGUGGAGGGGACAGGGCUCACCACGAGGAGGACCUGCUCAACCCAGGAUGACACCUCAGAGCUGCAGAGAGGAACUCCCUCGAAUGGAGCGGAGCAGCCGGCUGCCUCUGCUUUCCAAGGCAGGAGAACCUUGGCCAGGAUAGUCCGACUGGUGCUCGUGCUGAGAGACUGGGCAAGCAAGAGCCUGCAUGAGGAGCAGCAGAAGCCAGACCCCUUCCUUGAGCGCUUCCAGGGCACCGAGUUCCAGGCAGUGGCUGCCAGGAUUGCCAGUGAUCUACAGGAUGAGGAGGCUGAGGAGGGAGACAAAAAGAAGAAAUGGCAAAUCUUCGUGGUGGACCCUGCAGGGGACUGGUAUUACUGCUGGCUGGCUGUCAUUGCAGUUCCUGUCCUCUAUAACUGGUGCUUGCUUGUAGCCAGGGCUUGCUUCAAUGACCUCCAAGAGACCUAUGUUGUCCUCUGGAUGGUGUUAGACUAUGUCUCGGACUCUGUCUACCUUGGGGACAUAGUGAUCCGCCUGCGCACAGGUUUCUUGGAACAGGGGCUCCUCGUUAAGGACACGAAGAAGUUACGAGAUAACUACAUCCACACCUUACAGUUCAAGCUGGAUGUUCUCUCCAUCCUGCCCACAGACAUGGCGUACUUUGUGGUGGGAUCGCACUGCCCUGAAUUGCGUUUCAACAGGCUGCUGCACUUCUCCCGCAUGUUUGAGUUCUUCGAUAGGACCGAGACCAGAACCAGCCACCCCAACAUCUUUCGCAUCAGCAACUUGGUUCUUUACAUCCUGAUCAUCAUCCACUGGAACGCAUGCAUAUAUUAUGCCAUCUCCAAGGCCAUAGGGCUUGGAAAGGACAGCUGGGUCUAUCCGAACAUCACAGACCCUGAAUAUAGUAAUCUGACUCUGGGCUAUGUCUACUGUCUCUACUGGUCUACGUUGACUUUGACUACCAUUGGAGAGACCCCUGCCCCUGUGACUGAUGAAGAAUACCUGUUUGUGAUCUUUGAUUUCCUCAUCGGUGUGCUCAUCUUUGCCACUAUUGUGGGGAAUGUGGGCUCCAUGAUAUCCAACAUGAAUGCCACUAGGGCAGAGUUCCAGGCAAAAGUUGAUGCUAUCAAACACUACAUGCAGUUCCAUAAGGUGAGCAAAGACAUGGAAACCAAAGUCAUCAAGUGGUUUGACUAUGUGUGGACCAACAAGAAAGCAGUAGAUGAACGGGAAGUCCUCAAGAAUCUCCCUGAUAAGUUAAGGGCAGAGAUUGCCAUCAACGUUCACCUGGAGACACUGAAGAAGGUGAGGAUAUUCCAGAACUGUGAGGCGGACCUACUGGUGGAGCUGGUGCUGAAGCUUCGCCCUCAGGUGUUCAGCCCAGGGGAUUACAUUUGCCGGAAAGGAGACAUUGGGAAAGAGAUGUACAUCAUCAAGGAGGGGAAGCUGGCCGUGGUGGGAGAUGACGGAACGACACAGUAUGCUUUGCUCACUGCAGGAAGCUGCUUUGGUGAGAUCAGCAUCCUCAACAUUAAAGGCAGCAAAAUGGGCAACAGGCGCACAGCCAACAUCCGUAGCUUGGGCUACUCUGAUCUCUUCUGCUUGUCAAAGGAAGAUCUUAUGGAAGCAGUCACAGAAUAUCCUGAUGCCAAAAAGAUCUUGGAGGAGCGUGGCCGGGAGAUACUGAUCAAGGAAGGGCUGCUGGAUGAGUCAGCUACAGAGGAAAGCACGGAAGGGAAGAGCAUGGAGGAGAGGCUGGACAGUCUGGCCGUGAACUUGGAGACACUGCACACCCGCUUUGGCCGGGUCCUGACAGAGUACAAUGAUGCCCAGAAGAAGCUCAAGCAGCGCAUCACUGUUCUGGAGUCCAAGAUGAGGCAGGAGGAUCUGGAGGACUUCUUCUCUAAUAGCUCAGUCAGCCUGCUUGAGGAUGAGGAGAAAGCUUUACUUGGUGGGACACAAUGAGGGGGUGCAGAGGUCAGCUAGAUGAUGUCAGCCUUCUCUCUCUCAGCCUUCUGCUGAGACAGUGUUUGCUAUUUCACAAUGCACAUCCCGCGGCUGCCUUGCCAGGGACUUCUCUCGGGUCCUUAAGUGUUGCUGCUGCCACUGCUUUGAUGGCAGCUCCUGAGAUGGCCCCAAAUCAGGUGAUUGUCCUAGCUCCUCCUCUGGCCUGUCCCUUUUCUUGUUGCCUUCAUCUGAGGCCUGGGACUUUGAGCACUAAAAAGAGGAGAUUGGCUAAUGCCACUGCUAAUAUUUCCUUCCAGCUUCUGCAGGAGGUCUGUGCCCAUCGCAUCUCCUUCCUCCUAUUUGCGUUCAUAGAAGGUGGGACAUGAACGUUGCAUGGAGGGGUACCUGGACAUGUUGACCUCCCAUGUACGUUGAGGUGGUGAAGGUCAAAUUACCCUGAAAUUAGAAUUUCGGGUAAGAUAAAAAGUUUUUUGUCAUCUCUAAAUUAAAUUGUAGGGUUUC